AUGUUGACCUACGACCACACUGCUCCGUCGCUCUACGGCGCCCAGCCGGCCAGCACCAAUUUGGCGCCGGUCAUGCCCGCCACCAAUGGUGUGCGAGCACAGCCGCACCACCGCCACAUCUGGAUCAUCACCGGCCCCGCCGGCUGCGGAAAGAGCACCGUCGCGAAGUACCUCGCCGACCAGCUGCAGCUGCCCUACGUCGAGGGCGAUGAGUACCACCCCAAGGCCAACAUCGAGAAAAUGGGCAACGGCAUUCCCUUGACCGAUGCUGACCGCUGGGACUGGCUUAUCCUGCUCCGCGAGCAAGCCGUCCGCGAGCUGGAAACCGGCGCAUCCGGCGUCGUCGUGACUUGCAGCGCCCUGAAGAAGAAGUACCGCGACGUCAUCCGCGUCGCUUCGUACAACAACGCCAGGGUCCUUGUCCACUUUGUCUAUCUCCAGGCCACCGAGGAAAUGCUGAUGGCAAGAGUGCGCGCGCGCCCGGGCCACUACAUGAAGGACAACAUGGUGCGCAGCCAGUUCGAGAGCCUGGAGGAGCCGGACCAAGAGGAGCUCUCCAAGGACGUCCUCGCCGUUGACGUCAGCGGAACCAUGCCGCAGGUCCAGGAUCUCGCCCUCGGACUCGUGCAGGAGGUGUUGAAGAAGGACUCGCUGCCCACUGCCGCAUGA